GGAAGCUGAGCUUGGGGAGCGCUGUGGCUGCUGCCGCUGCCCAGGAGGCGUCUGAGGGCUGAACCGAGACUCCUGGGUGCUGCGGGACGGGGCCUUGGCGCUGCUGGCAGGGAGGCAGCCGAGCGGGGCCUGGCGCGGCGGGCUGAGACGCAGGGGAGGCUCCAGAUCCCUCCAAACUCCCUCUUUGAUGCUUUUUCUCCCGUUCUGGCUGUCUGGUAGCUCCUUUGUGGUUCGUGGGUGCUGCUUGUUUGUAGCUGCAGCCGGCGGAGAAGGACUUGGGGUGCUGGGCAAGGAGAAGCUGCGUGAACCACAACGUGGGCUCAGUGCCCAGAAACAACCGUGUCCUGGGCUGCAUCCAAAGCAGUGGGACCAGCAGGGAGAGAGGGGAUUCUGCCCCACUGCUCCGCUCUGGCACUGGAUGACCACACCUAAACCAUGUCUGUCCCACGUGGAGCUGUGCAUGCAAAAUGGAUAGUUGGGAAAGUCAUAGGAACCAAAAUGCAGAAAACCGCCAAAGUGAGAGUGACGAGGCUCGUGCUGGAUCCUUACCUACUGAAGUUCUUUAACAAGCGAAAAACCUAUUUUGCCCAUGACCCGUUGCAGCAGUGUGUGGUUGGAGACAUUGUUCUCCUGAAAGCUUUGCCCGAGCGGAGGAGCAAACACGUGAAACAUGAACUGGCUGAAAUUGUUUUCAAGGUUGGGAAGGUCAUAGAUCCAAUAACAGGAAAGCCCUGUGCGGGAACCAGAUUCCUUGAAAAUCUGUCAGAUUCGGAAAAUCUGACAGAGGCGGAUACUACCUAUCUAAGUGAAAAACUCCAGGAACUUAAAGUUUGUUCAACAGAAAAAUAGUGGGGGAAAUAUUUAAACAGAGGGGUUUUCAGCUCAGUUGUCGGGGUGUUUGGGGCCCUGCCAUUUUGUUAAGUAUUUCAAUCAGAUCUGUAGUCCAAAUAAAUCGUAAACGUAGUAGCUUAUAUGAACAGAUGUUACAGAUUCACUAGCACCUCAAAUCUUUUAAUGAAAAUACAGAGAAAACAGGAGUUUAGUGUUAACGCUUCAUUUUGUUGCAUGUAGUUCUGCCUCGGGCCUUUACAGUUUCAAAAGCCAUCUUCUCGCUUGAAAAGACUCUUCUGUACUGAGAAAGACAAGAUUAUAACUGCAUAAUGUUUAAGUUUGUUGAGAAAGUUGUUAUAUUGUUUGUUUGUUCUGUAUUUCAGACAGUCUUUUGUGGUUUGUAGGAUUACUUAAUGCUAUUAAAUGCUUUUGAAAGGAAGCGUAGAAUUUUAAAACCA